AUGAAGCAUCAUCAUGUAGGGAACGUAUAGUAGGCCGGGGGUUGUUGUUAAACAAAGCCGUUACCAACGCGAUGAUACGGCGCGUCGAGUGUACGGUGCGGAAGCAACCAACGCAAGUUGUGAAAUACACAAUUACAUCCAUACUAGCAGUGAGCAAUAGGUAGCAGCAGUAGGCCGUGGCAAGCACCAGCAAGUACGUACGGAUUGCUUGGAUCGUUCAGUGUGGAACAAAGAUUUGCAUUGAAUACGCACGCUUUCAUUCAAUCAGCAGAUGGAGCCGACAAUGGUGAUACCCACCGCUGGACCGGAAACGUACUGCCGUCUUUGUCUGGGCAAGGAAAGUCUGCUGGGAGUGUUUUCAUCGAACCAAGAUGGUACCAGCAGUUCGGCCGAGCUGGUGAAGAAAAUCUACGAAUGCAUCAACAUUAAGCUUUCCUCCACGGUGGAUGCGGGAUGUGCCAUCUGUAACCGGUGUCUGCAGGCGGUGCAGGAUUUCCACCACUUUCGCGUGCGCAGCAACAAGGUGAAUGAUCUCAUCCAAGUGACGACGGUCGUUGCCAAUGGUGAUGACAGUAGCAGUGAUGCAGCACGCUACUCGCCGCCAACACUAGCGAAACAAUCAGCACCGACGCCGAAUUCGAUCACAUCUCCAGCUCCAACGGUGAAAGGUGCACGGAAGCAUCAUUGCCGCUACUGUCCGAAAUCGUUCCGAACGAUGGCUGGCCUGACGGAGCACGGUAAUAAGGCGCAUCUGGCCGGCCGGCAACAUCACUGUCCCAACUGUUUGGCGCAAUUCCAGCAUGCACCGUCGCUGGCAAGACACGUGCGUAGUCGCAGCUGUUUCGCGUUCAGCAAAUAUCGGUGCCGUGUGUGCAGCGAAAACUUUCACGAGCGUGAACAGUGGGCAGACCAUAUACAGAUUCAUGCUAAGGAUUUUCCCUACCAAUGUCCGGACUGUUGGUCACAGUUUAAACACAAGGCUACGCUGCGCCGUCACGCCAAUACGGUACAUUUGUUGGUGAAGGUUUGAAUGAGAAUAGGCCCUGAACAUGGGUGAUGAAGGGAACGCUCUUUUAACACGAACUUUUGUUACAAAAGCGCGGAAUAACAAAACACCAACAUGCGUCGACUGAUAAGCGCAAGUAGGUCGUGUUAAAGAGCACGUUGUGGUUGUAGAACUAAAAAAAAUGAGUGAUUUAUUGUGCAAAAGAGCAAUACGUACGCAAUGAACGCAUUCGUUCCGAACCGUUUGGGUUGGCACUAUUACGAAUUGGAAAUCGCAACACAGUUGAAACAGUCCCGAUAAGACCGAUAUGUGAGCAUAAAGGCAUUCCUUCGGAAUGCAGUCAAACUAAAUGCAAUGUGUUCAAUGUAGAAACUAUGUUUUAAUUUUAAACGCUUCUUCCAGCGCACGGAUGAUGCCGUAUUAGUUAGUCAAUGGAAACGAAUUUCUUUUCUUACGCAGACGAAGUUAAAUACACUUCAAAACGCUUAUUGUAAUUGUGGCAUAUAGAUGGGAGUAAUGUACUUAUUAUUUAUGAUAUUUUAAUAGUAAAGGAAAAUAUACAAAAAAAA